AUGUUCUUUCGUGCUUCUGUCCUAGAUUUCGACAGCUGGGGUAAACCAGGCAGUGGAAUUCUGAGUGGAAAUGGGAAAUGGUUUGGCGCAUUUGAUCAGUGUAUAGGGAUCCCUGAUGCUAAAUAUUGUCUAGUCAGCGUGCUGGGAAAAUUUCGUACGAAUACGGUAAUAUUAUACAGCUUUUAUACGAUUGAAUCAAUAUGACAUUGCCAAAAAUUACGGACAUAAUUAUUCUACUUGAUCCUUACUAAUUUGUAUAUCAUCCAUGCAUAAACCCGUUGAAAUAUAUGAUGCAUCUACCCUAGACUAGUGAGGUUUAAGCCCGGCCUGAUCAAACUACGACGAGAGUGCAUGAGAGUCACGUGACCAUGGUUCGCUGUUGUUGAUGCUUUCCCAAGACUAUCAUGUAUUCCGUUAAAGUUGAAACGUACUUGGAACAUUUAUCAAACCUGCAUAUAUUUUACAAUUUAGAGCCUGAAAUGCCCCCCGUCACAACGCGUGACUAUUCAAUCCAGAAGAUAGGUCUCUAAUUAAUGACCCUUACUGCAACUCGGAGGGUCGCAGGUUCGACUCAUGCCAGGGGGGCCUAUAGUUGCAUUUUUAGGGCAGCAAAAACCAUUCAGACAAAUUCCACCCGGUGUUUACACGAGUCUCCUUAGCCGCGGGCUGGCAAAACAACCAGGGUGGGCUAUGCAGUAUAAUAGAAGCGCAUUUUCCAAAGAAGGUGUAAUGACACUUUCCCAGGCAGUUUCGAAGUUGUAACUCGCAGAAUCAAACAAUUGCAGAGUCAGAGGCCUUUUAAAAUUUAAAUCCAUCCUGACAAUGUCAUUUGCAACAUAAUAUUUGCCUGAUAUAUGCAUACAGUGUCCAUUGUAAAUAAAGUUAGUUUAUUUGUUGCUUUCAGAAGACGCGAAAUCAAAUCGACUCCCAGUAUUAUCAAUAUUUCAGUCGAAAAGUUCUUAUAUACCAUCAUUUUAGACUUUCCCUAUCUCGUACGGAAUUUGUAUUCCUGAUGCGUGUAAUAAAUCAGAUGUUUCUACUGUUGUUGGAAAUUAUAUUAAGAACGGUUGGUGACCAUUAAAAUCUCAUUUAUUUUAAAGAGUGUUAUAAGUUUUACUCCAAAGUGCAUGCAUAAAAAACGAGUCCUGUGGAAAUCAAGCUAUUGUUGUUAAGCUCAAGAUUUUAUGCUCCUGGGAAUUUAAAAUUGCUUCUAAUCGUAUACGAAGGAGUAUAACUGUAUAAAACUGAUCAAAUUACUAAUCAUUCAUAUCAUCAGUUUGAAUAAAAUUGUUGAAAUGACCACAGAGAAGCGAAUUUUUACUAUUUUACGCGCUGCGUUAAAAUAUUAUUCAACCCAUAAUUCAUCAGUUGGAUAAAGCCAAUAACUUCGUCGUCAAUAAAAUUUACUUCUAUUCUGUUUUACGCAUUCGUGGGUUCAAAUUUGAAGGAUAGCUUGAUUUCAAAAUUAAAGGUAUCUCUUUUGUGCACCUGUUUAGUAUUGUCAUUGUUAGUGAAUUCGAUAUUAUAUCGUUAUUGUGAUAUUUUCAUAGUGACCCAUCGCUAUUUUCCAAGUAUUCGUGUUGUUGAUCUCAGCUGUUAUGAAGAGCCAUCUUAUACUACAGCCGCUAUGCUCACUAUGUAAGGAGUACUACUCUAAUAACUAAACAUAUAUAAACCUGGAUCAAGCGAGAAUGAGAGUGCUUCAGAGUUAGCAGUUACAUAAUUGAGAGUUAGCUUUUCUUAAUACUUUAGGGUGACGACUCCCUGCAGUCAGUACAGUUUAGAACAUUGUAAUAGGAAUUGUUCGUACACGUUAUGGAUCAAGAUGCCCCUGUAAUACGAGAGCAUUACAGUUUGGGGCACUAUUACAGUUCAGAGGACUGUAAUACGAGAUUAAUCGAAAUAGGAUGUAAAACGUUAAAAAGAUUCAAAUACAGAAUUUUUUCUGCUCCAUUAGUAGUAUUUUACAAUAAAAACACAGGAAAUGGCCAUUUAAGACUCACAAAAUUGAACAUUUUCCAUCGUAACAAGGCCCCGAGAACGCCUUAGUUGUGCAUGACCCAAUAACAUGACUAAAUAAUUGGGCUCAGCUUCACCACUGGUCAAAGGUGUAAGUUUUCAAGUAUCAAUUUUACUCUGUAGACCACUCUCUGAUAGGAAGGAAAGUGACAGUUCCAACGUUAGGUGGUGGUGAAUGGGGGAGGAGGAAUCCUUAUUCUGGGUCAAAUGACAAAUACAACCAAUAUAUCGACACUGAAGUCGAGUGUUUUAAUUAUAUGAGUUGUCUAAGCACCCAACGCGGCUUCAGGUACACAUGUACACUCUUCAGUGUUCGUAAUCCUCUUCAUGUAGUUGAGAUGCUACUUAAUCUAUAUAUUUACCUUCUUUUUAAGAAUAUUUUGUUGCAUUAUUCUGGUGUGCUGUGCAAUUGGAACAGUAAUCGAAAUUUCUCACGAAUCUUUUCAAGAUGGCAAGGAAUUUGAUUUUAUUGCAACACAAAACCGUGCCCUGAAACAUGAAAAAGAUACGGUUGAAAGUUCUUUCGGUCUUGAAAUACCAAAAGAGGCCGAUGUUACAGAAACAACACCGUUAUUGCGAGGGAAUAAGAAAAAAAAUGGUAAAUAUUUCUUCAACAAUUAUUUUUUGCUAGUACCUUCAUGUUAGUUAUAGUCAGUUGGGGGUUGGUACGUAGAUGGUGCGAUUACGUGAGUGUGCAGGUAGCUAGUUAGGGGGGAGGGUAGGUUGGUGCGUGAGUUGGUUGGUUGGUUGGUGGGUAAGGAGGUGGGUUGGUUAGGCAUAGGUAGGUAGGCGGAUUGGUAGGAGGGCAGAUAUGUAGAUUGAUUGUUAGGUAGGUAGUAACCAUUGUUUGUGGAUUUAACAAACACGAAAUUUUUUUGUAGGUGUUUCUGACAGUUUAAAACUGGAGACGGGACAAACAAACGACAAAAUUAAACCCACCGCGGAAGAUGCAAUAAAUGAUAGUCCGCAAUUAAAAUCAAAUAGUAAGUCCCACGCAUUUUCCACUUGUAAGACAAGAAAAUUAACAGUUGCAGGAUACGGUAUUUCAAUGGUCAAAGUACAUUUUCUACAAGCAAACCUAUAUUAUCUGCAUCCAGGGCUGCUGAGAAGUUGUGGGAUGUCAGAAUUAUAUUGUAAACCGAGAGAAGUGGUGUGUUACAAUAUAUUUAACUGUAUAACCGUUUGAAAACUAUGGAUAUAAGUCUUAAAUCUUUGGUCUUAUUGUUUUUGCUCGUUAACUUUCAUCCACAAUAAACCCUUGUCAUGAGCUCGCAUGUUUUGUAACUACCCGCAGAAGAAAAACGUACAUUCCGACUUCCAGUUCCCUUAUUCUGAGUUAAUUAACAUUAGUUUAAAAUUUCAGGUCUCUUGGUAGAUAUCUUUCUAUGCUUCUCGUUGCUACGUAAUACUCGCGAUGUUUUGAAAACUGAUGUUGCACCCGGGGCAGUGACGUCAUUGUAUGGCAUGCGAGUCAUGUCUUUGUUCUGGAUAAUACUGGGACAUGUUUAUAUUUUCUCCGCGGUCGACGGAACUUUAGGUAUGUUAAACUGUGACCGUUGAUUUAGGAAAGGAGUUACAAGUAGUGGUGGACAACAUAAGGAUCAGAAGGACAACUAUCACCUCCCCACAAUAACUUGUGAAACCUUUUGAAUUAUAGUUAAAUUAUUAUUAUUAUUAUUAUUAUUAUUAUUAUUAUUAUUAUUAUUAUUAUUAUUAUUAUUAUUAUUAUUAUUAUUAUUAUUAUUAUUAUUAUUAUUAUUAUUAUUAUUAUUAUUAUUAUUAUUAUUAUCAUUAUGGGGAUUUAAAUAAUGAAUUUAUUUUGUAACUCAAAGAUCGAAUUGCAAAGUUCUCAUAAUAAAAAAUUGUAAAAAUUUUAGGCUUUCACGUCGGUCUUCUAAUGUAGGAAUGCCAUAAUAUAUAGUGCUUCUCUACAACUUGAUCAUGGUAUUCAAAUUUGGGCCUUAAUACGGUAAUGUACACAAUAAUCAAUGUUAUUGUGUCACUAGAUCGUUUUAAUAACCCGAGCACGUACUUGGCCCAUGCACGUGCAGGUUCCACUUCAUAUUAUUUUGAAUUGUAAAGCCUAAAAUCCGAGCGCGUGCUCGACGCGAUUUACUAGAAUACCAUCGAUAGUCAAAGAUGAAAAUACCUUUCAUCUUUAGCAAAAUCAACUCUUUGCAUUUUGAAGUAUUUAGCUUCAUAUUAUUAUUAGCAGUUCAAAUAGAGAAACAAUUCACCAAAUCGUAAUGGUAGAAUCCCAAAUUUGGUCCGAUACUUUCAACAUCGGUACUAUCGUCGACAUAAUUACUUCUAACGACUUUUCGAAUCUUCAAACAGGUCAUUGACUAUGACCAUGCAAGGAAAGGGUCCAUCCCAAUAGAGUGCCUUGCGGGACUCCUCCAUUUAUUUUUGCCAAUCUUUGUAUGACUGCGUAAUAAAGCAGUAGCAAUAAUUUAUAAGUAAUAAAUCAAAGUAUACGUACAUAUUGCAUUAAAUUGAAAACUACGAAAGAUGGUUAUAUAUAUUAGUAACCUAAUUCACUCUCCCAGCACACCUCACCCCACCCCCACCCCACCCCCGCUUGUUUCCCGAAGUAUUCUCCACUGCAUGUGUUCUUUAUAGCUUAGUUUAGUUCAGUCAACACAAAGCCGCACAUAUGAUUACGCGAAUAUCUACUAAUGUUUCCUUUCUUAUGAAAUACCUGAAUCAGAAAAUUACAUUUAAAGCAUAUUCAUCAAUUAAACUCCUAGAGAAUAUUUUUGAACUUGGUCAGGAAACUGAAAGUUUUUCAAUGAUGGUGGUUAUAAACAGCUAUCCUGCUGUGGACACGUUUUUCUUUCUGAGGUAAGCUAUGAUUUGUUCCGUUUUUGUUUGUUACUACAUGCUCUUCUGAUAGACAAAUUUGGAGUUUCGACUGCAUGUAAAUAACCUGUUCCGCGAGGCCGGAUAGCGCGAUCAAACGGAUAGUGAUUCUUAUAAUUUCAACCGUUGUAAAAAGGGUUGCAGGCAAUAAAUAUUCUGUUAAACUCUACGGAUAUGCACCUCACAAUUGAUAAAAACCCGUUUGUUUAUUAAUUCUAAAGUUUAACCGUGAUCAUACAAAUCAACUGUGAAUCAAUUUAUUGAAGAAAGCUUGAAAAACGUGGAUUUUGGCAAUGGUUUUAUCCGGUUUGGCAAUACAGUGUCGAGAUUUUAGUAUUUCAUCAUGAACUUUAAUGUGCCUUUAUAUAUAUGUAUAUAUAUAUAUAUAUAUAUAUAUAUAUAUAUAUAUAUAUAUAUAUAUAUAUAUAUAUAUAUAUAUAUAUAUAUAUAUAUAUAUAUAUAUAUAUAUAUCUUUCAGUGGUCUUUUGUUGAUGUAUAAUGUUAUGAAGAGAUUAAAAAGCAACAACGAAGGGAUAAACUGGGGAAAGUAUUAUUUACACCGUUAUCUAAGGUAGUGUAGAAUAUUUCUAUAUAUAUUUGUAAUCCGCGAAUUUGUAAUCCAGUUUUUAUAAAACUUAAAAACACGCAUUUAUCCGACUGAUUUUUUUAAAGGAAUUAAAGGUCCGGUCAAACGUGAUUGUCGGAAUGAGGUUUGACGAAAGUUAGGGGCUGAUUUCAUGGACCAUUUUCAACCCCGGGGUUGAACUCAGUCCUGUUUACCGGGUUCAGCCUUGUUUGUUAUACAAAACUCUAUCAAAAUCAAACGCGCGAUUACAUGACAAAAUUUUCAACCCAGGGCAGAGUUCAAACCCGGGGUUGAAAUUUCAACCCUGCUUCACCUAGGGCUGAAAUUAUCGUGAGUUAUUCGAGCAAGCGUGGUAGUGACUAUUUAUUACAAGAAAACAAAACGAAAGCUUUUUUUACUUCCGGGAAUCGAUGCAAAGAACGUAUGUAGUAUAGCCUUUCAACGCAGGGGUUGAAACCGUCCAUGUAAUCGCACAAAAUUUCAACCCAGUUAACAGGGCUGAGUUCAACCCCGGGGUCGAAAGUUCUCCAUGUGAUUGGUCCCUUAUAACUCUCGCUCGCGCGCGUGUGACCGCUAACUCUUAUCGACUCUCAUGCAGUUAUGCACCCUCAUGAACUCUCAUGCAUCAACUUUGAACUGAUUUAAAUUUUGUUGAGAGUUUAUGAGAGUUUUUGAUAUGCGCAGUAAUAUCCAGUCAAAUCUCGUCAACUGUCAUUCUCGUUUUGACGAAGACAUUAGAGUUAAGAAAACUCAAUACAAACUCUCGCUUCUCAACUCUCGUCAACUCUCAUUCGCGUUUGACCUAGGUUUUAUUUAGUCAGUUUUUUUAUCUAUUUCCCAAGGCUCACUCCAACAAUGAUGUUUGUAAUAUUAUUUGUUGUCCAAUUGGAACCGUUUGUUGAUAAAGGUCCUUUAUGGCAACGCCAUGUAGACGAACCAAAUUGUGAUGAUUAUUGGUGGACAAACCUCUUGUAUAUUAACAAUUUUUAUCCUACAAAUGUCGUUUCGAAUUCGGUAAGAGUCAGGGUCUUAUAGCUAGGAUUUUAUAUCUUUGUCUUGUUUCUCAAUAAAUAUCAAUUAAAUAAAUGGGCUAAACCAGCUAGUAUAUCCAUAUAAAUAAAGUAGUUCAGUUUAAUUAACAUUUGAAAGAGGUUUGCGUAAUUGUCACACACUGUUCAUAUUUUAGUGUAUGCGAUGGACAUGGUAUCUUGCCGUAGACAUGCAGUUUUUUGCCAUCACUCCUGUUAUUAUUUAUCUCUUUAUUCGGUAGGUGCAUAAAAUAAUGAUUAUGCUCAUGCAUGUAUAUUUUCUUUUGGUUAUUUUUCUUUGUACGAAAAUUGUGAAGUCUAUGUAGAUGAAUUCAGUAUCCUCUAAGAAAAACCAAAUUGGAGAAAAUUGAACGAAAGCAAGGAUUAUAUUGUAUUUCAGGAUUUUUUGAUGGGGGUCCGUUUUGAAGCGAAGAGUGAGUUUACCUAAUCAGCUUGGUGUCUCUGCGAAAGCGCCGGACGUUUCACAAUUCAACCAUUACACCAUGGCUUUAGAACAGCUAAAUAUUGCUUUGAAUUUGUCUUCAGAAAUGAAUUGCAGGCGACAAUUUUAACACAAACACGUUUCAGAUCAGAACUCAAUUCAUGAUCGAUUUUUUUGGGCCUGUUAACGGCCGGAAAACAGCUCUGAAAAAAGUCAUUGGAAUAAUAAUAACUUGAUUAGCGAUACGGGCAAUUAGAAAAACCAUGACUGAUUAGCUGGGAAAAUGAUAUACUAACGCCAACUGCUCUAAACUAUCUUUAAUUCUAUUACAGAUUUGGUUAUCGUGGCGUAAUUGGCACGUCAGUGUUCCUUAGUACAGUAUCAAUGAUUUGCAUCGCAGUCAUUACCAAACAUUAUGGGAUACAUGCUAUGGCUAACGCUAUGCCGAAGGCCUCGCCGUAAGCAUGAAUUGUCUAUCUGUGGUUAUAGUUUGUACCAGGGGUGCACAUAUUUAUUAAUUGUUCCCAAAG